AUGUCGUCCAAUCCGCAUUUCCCCAAGAUUCACCUGCUAUGCAGGCAAUCUACAGACGGCGACGCAUUCAAUGCGGCCCGCGAGAAGCUCAACCUGGACAAGUCCAUCGAUAUCACCAUCCACAACUGCACCCUCGCCGACCUGGACGAGAGGGUCAAAUUUGACACGGUUGUCUCGCCCGCAAACUCGUAUGGGAAACUCGAUGGCGCGUUUGAUGAUGCCAUCUCUCGCGCCUUCUCGCCUAGAGAUGACUAUGAUGCUCUGACCAGCGUCGCACAGAGGGUUUUGUACCAGCAGUGGAGGGGAUAUGCGCCGCCAGGAACGUGUACACUGGUCGAGAUCCCUCCCGAGUUCGGCACGCGCUCCCGGAACCUCUGGGGCACUAAGAGCGUAGCCUUGUGCCCGACCAUGCGUGUCCCAGCCGACGUGCGCUGGAAUCGGGAGGUUGUAUACAACUGCAUCUGGUCUCUUCUCGUCACAAUCUCCAAACACAACGACGCCAAUCCGAAUCAUAAGAUUGGAAGCAUUCUGAUGACACCGCUGGCCACCGGUGUCGGCAAGAUCAGUCCGCAGCGCUGGGCGGAACAGUGCGUGCUCGCCAUGAAGCACUUUCAGCAGGCAAUGGAGGCCCCGGAGAAAUGGAGCCAGCUCGACUGGCAAGACCUGGGGAAAAACAGUCUGGAAGUUGAGAGGACGUGGCUGAGAGAGCAGAAACCGGAGGAAAUGGUUGGUUCGUUUGGGCGUCUGAGUGAGCAGUAG